GGCCGCUCGAGUGGAGAAUUCACACAUCUCCAAAAAAAACUAAUCCAACACGCACCGCACGCACGGACACAACUUUUAACUGCCUCGUUAGCGGAGAGCGAGACGACGUGAGCACCGCUUCGUUUGGGCGGAGAGAUGGAAUAAACUAGCGCGGGAGUCGUGGGGCGUUCAGGGCCCUCUGCUCCGGUCCAGCAUGGACAGCUUCUUCAAGGCCGCCGUGUGUGACCUUGACAAGCUGCUGGACGACUUUGAGCUCAAUACGGAGGAACAGGAACACAGGUCAGUGUCCCUGAAGCCGUCCGUGUACCCGUUCUCCCCUCUGGCCGCCGGCGCCCCGCCGCCCCUCCCCGACCUCAACGCCCUCCAUCACGGUUCCGCCGCCGGCUGCCCUGACGACCGAGAGGUCAGAGGUCAGCCCCUCACGGCGGUGGACCGCCGGCCGGCCGCGAGCUCGGCGCCGCCGUGUCCCGACCGAGCGCUGAAGCCCGUGUGCGACCUGGUGAACGACACCGGCGCCGACGGCCACGACGCCUUCGGAGAGCUCGACAUGGCGGAGAAGCAGAUGACGGAGGAGGAGGAAGAGGAGGAGGAGGAAGACGCUCUGCUGGUGGACUUUGACGGCCCCGUGGUCACCGGGGAGGAGCGACGGGACGCCGAGGAGCGGAGCGGCGCCGAGGAGCGGAGCGGCGGCGGCUCCGCCUCGCUCAGCCUGCUGGACGUCAUCCUGCCCGCCGCCGUGGAGCGGAGCGCCGCGUCCAGGGAGGAGGCGGAGUCACCGCGGACCGACGAGAUAGAGGAGAGGAACUGUGAGGAGGCGCCGGCGGCGUGCACGGACCAAGUGGUCGAGUCUUUAGACCCGGAGGCCCCGCUGUCGAAAGAAACAACAACAACAACAACCUCGGCGAACGCAGAGUUGCAAGUCGCCUCUGAUGAAGAGGAGGCGGAGUCCUCCGCGGUGUUGAAGGCGUGCCUUCCCAUCGCCGUGUCCAUGUGUCGAGCGCUGGUGAACGCGGCGACCACAGAGGAGGCGGAGCCACGUGACGAGGCGGGGGCCGACUCCGCCCCGGGAGCCGGGUCCCGUUUGGAGGACCCCGCGGUGGACUCGCCCCGGCAUCUCGCCCUCGAACCGGCCGCCGCCGCCGUAGACCACGCCCCCCGCGACCGCACGGAGCCCGGCCCGGUCGACCCCCCCGAGUUCGGCUUCGAGUACCUGCCCGAGAGCGACCGGGCCGAGCUGCUGGUCACGGACGAGGAGCUGGACGCGUUCCUGCGGGCGCACGGCGAGGCGGAGCAGCGGGGCGGCGCCGAGAGUCUCCCGGAGGCCGACGGACACCCGGAGGGCCGGCUCGCGGCCGAGGAGCCGCGGCGCCGCGGCGGAGGGCGAGUCGAGGAUCCGGAGAGCGACGGGACCGCGUGCUCCCCGGCGGAGGGCGGCGGCGACCCCGGAGCGCCGCCGCGGGACGCCGGCCGAGGAGAGGCGGACCUCGACCGCUCCGCCGCCGGCAACUCUCUCCGGCGCCCCGAUCGGCCGCCCUCCUCCUACGGCGGCGCCAGACCCAAACGGCUCCAAUGCCAAACCGCCAGGUCCCCACCGGCGGGGGAGGAAGACGCGGAGGACGAGGAGGACGCUUCCCCCUCGAGUCUCACGGGGGAGCGGCCCAACAUCAGGGACCUGAGCCCCAUGUGCGCCUCGCAGGAGCCCCGGGAGUCCAGCUUCGGCUACGACGAGCUCUCGGAGCCCCCGCCGUACCCCGGGGGGUCGCCCGCCGACGACGCCGGGCCGGUGAACUGGAGGAGGGAGGAAGGGGAGGAGCUGGGGAGCCGCCAGCCCGCCUGGGUGCCCGACGCCGAGGCGCCCAACUGCAUGAACUGCUACCAGAGAUUCACCUUCACCAAGAGGAGGCACCACUGUCGGGCCUGUGGGAAGGUGUACUGUGCCGUGUGCUGCAGCAGGAGGUGCAAGCUGCAGUACCUGGAGAAGGAGGCGCGCGUGUGCGUCGUCUGCUUCGACACCAUCCACCGAGCCCAGGCCCUGGAGCGCAUGAUGAGUCCCGCCGGUCCCAGUCCCAACCCCAACGUGCCCUCUGAGUACUGCAGCACCAUCCCCCCCCUGCAGCAGGCCCGGGCCGCCGGCACGCUCAACUCCCCGCCGCCCACCGUCAUGGUGCCCGUGUCCGUCCUCAAGCACCCGCACGCCGACGGCUGUCCUCGGGAACAGAAGCGCGUGUGGUUCGCUGACGGCAUCUUGCCCAAUGGGGAGGUGGCGGACACCGCCAAGCUGUCGGUGGCGAGCCGCCGCGGCUCCGGCUCUCCUGACCAAUCGCCGGAGGUGGAGGUGGAGGUGGAGGUGGGCGGCUCCUCGGCCCCCGAUGGGUCGGUGGAGGUGGUGCGCCCCCCUCUGUCCGGCCCCUGGGACUACGCCCUGCUCUGUGGGGUCGGGACCUGUGUGACGAGGGUCCCCAGCCUGCUGCCCGACAACGAGGGAGACCUCCCCCCUCUGCUCAUCGCCACGGGGGAGGACGAGGGGGGAGACCUCCUGGUGGAGGAAAGCCCCGCCCCCUGCCAGAUCCUGCACCUCCUGGAGGAGGGAGGCCCUCGCCCGCUGACCUUCGUUCUGAACGCCAACCUGCUGGUCAACGUCAAGCUGGUGACCUACCUCGGUCGUCAGUGCUGGUGCUUCGGCUCCAGCGGCCUCCAGGCUCUGGGUCAGCGUGAGCUGGUGUUCCUGUUGGAGUGUUUACCUGAAGAGAAGACGCUCCCCAGAGAUCUGUUCACGCUCUACCUCAACAUCUACCAGGAGGCGCAGAAAGGGAAGCUGGUGGAGGAGCUGGACAACGUGAUGUUCAGCAGCAGCUUCCUGGGCAGCAGGGACCACGCCGGCAUGCUGUUCUUCUCCCCCGGCCUGCAGCCCCUGGAGGGCCUGGCCCUGCCCCCCCCCCCCUUCAUGGUGGGCCUGCUGCUCCAGAGGCUGGAGGUCCCCUGGGCCAAGGUGUUCCCCCUCCGGCUGCUGCUGAGGCUGGGGGCCGAGUACAGCGGUGGGUCCCCUCCACGCCCUGAUGGGACUUACAAACAGAACAUCGUAGUACUUAUCGCCAAGUCCAGCGUACUACGGACCAGCUGUGUGUGUGUUUCUUUUGGCUCCGCCCCUAACUGGAGGCUGUCCUCAGACGGGCUGAUGGUUCAAAUCCCCCCCGACACCAUGGAGGCUCUGCGCGGCGCCUUGAGGGAACAGACUUCCAUCAUUAUCCUGCGCCUUGAGGAACAGCGUCAGCGCGACUGGGUGGACCUGAGCUCGCCCGUCAACACGGGUCUGUUGGGGACUUCCUGUCUGUUGGGGACUUCCUGUCUGUUGAGGACUUCCUGUCUCUGCUCUCAGGUGGAGUACCAGGCCGGCUCCGGAGGCCGCCUCCUCCCUCAGCGCUACAUGAACGAGCUGGACGGCGCCCUGAUCCCCGUCAUCCACGGGGGCGGAGCCAGCGUGCCGCAGACCGCCAUAGACAUGGAGUUCCUCCUCUACAUCACGCACGCCAUCUAGCGGCACGAACGCCAACGUGGACGCUUUCUGGGGCCGCACGCCGCCGCUCAUUUAUUUGCACAGUUGGACAAAGCGGCGGCUAGCGGCGGCGGCUAGCGGCGGCGGCUAGCGACGGUGGCUAGCGGCGGCGGCGUCCCCACUCUGAGGCUUGGGGUGUGAACUGACUCUCGGAGUGUCAGUUGUUUUUUUUGUUUUUUGCACUCACCAAAGCUGCUUUACACUAAACCAGGAUUACAACCAAAUACAACCAAACCCUCUCUCUUCUUCCUCUUCUUCCUCUUCCUCCAGGCUCUGAAGUUCCCCCCCGUCUCUCAUUUGGAUGUAUUUAUUAUAUUUUAAGGGCUUAUUGAUGAUAUCUAUUGAAUAUAUUAAAGUCUCUUUCCCGGCUGCAGUCUUCAGUGUUCGGUGUAAAUGUUUUCUGACGUUUGUCUUUUCUCUUCAACUCGUCUCCUUUUCGACUUCGCCGAGUCGCCACAAAGUCAGAAUGUCGUGUAAAGAAAAGAAGCUUCUGACGCGACGCCGGCCAUCUUGAGUUCCCGCUAGACGACGUGCUCUGCGAACGUGGCGAGAGUCAGGAGCUCGGCUUCAUUUCGAGUGUCGCUCUGCCGCUUCCUGUCUGCCGCUUCCUGUCUGUCGUUCAGCUUCCUGUCUGCCGUCUGCUUCCUGUCUGCCGUUUGUUUCCUGUCUGACCUUUGUUUCCUGUCCUCUUGCAUCGCUGACGUUGCAUACUAGCUUCAAACCAAGGAUUUUAUUUUACGUCAAAAUGUAUUUGACAGGUUUUGAUGAUCUUCGGUCUCGUUGCUCAUCGACCGUCUGAGACUCACGAGAACAUUUACUUAGGUAGGCAAUGUCGGCAGGACGUGGACUACAGGACGUGGACUACAGGAAGUGGACUACAGGAUGUGGACUACAGGAAGUGGACUACAGGACAUAGAGCCUGGAGUUCAACCCCCUCCUCUACACACACACACACCGACACACACACACACAGACAGACACACACACAGACAGACAGACACACACACACACCGACAGACACACAGCCAGACACACACACACCGACACACACCGACAUACACACUGACACACACACGCAUACACCCCCCCCCCCCCUCAACGUGGGGCGUCCUCGUGACUCAGCAGCUGUGCGUGUGGCCUUCAGGGGUGUCCCCGCUGCAGGACGUCUGGGUGUUCUCGUUUCUUUCAUUAUUUAAACUUUUGGAAGCAGAAUAAUUUAUCACGUUUCCUGCGUUCGUCGAUCCGGCGAAACGUUCCUGGAGGUCGACCACAUGUCCUCCAAAGGGUCGGAACACGUUUAGACUGUCAACGUUUUCUUUCUCUGUAAAUCGUAUGUUUAUUCCUGAGCAGCGUUUGUUUGGGGAGUCUGGUAUCUGGGUCCCGACGGUCGAGAGGAACUCGAGUAUUUAAAGAAUAAAAUGAGUUUAUGGCA